AUGGGUCUUUGCCUUAGUAGGGAAGGUUGGGACGGGUCCAGUCUUGCCAAACUAUGCAACAAUAGCAACAGCAGUUUCGCCAAGCGGCACCAGAAGCAGUUUGACAAGUUGCUGUCUCAUCUAAACGAGCAGAAGCUGAACCCCACAAGCCUGAAGUCACGUCGUAGUUCUGCAGUCAUGGUCCUAGAAAACAAAAUCAAGAACAAGACAAAUACCAAGAUCAAGACCAAGACCAAGACCAAGACCAAGAUCAAGACCAAGAGCAAGACCAAGACCAAGACCAAGACCAAGACCAAGACCAAGACCAAGACCAAGACCAAGACCAAGACCAAGACCAAGACCAAGACCAAGACCAAGACCAAGACCAAGACCAAGACCAAGACCAAGACCAAGACCAAGACCAAGACCAAGACCAAGAUCAAGACCAAGACCAAGAUCAAGACCAAGACCAAGACCAAGACCAAGACCAAGACCAAGACCAAGACCAAGACCAAGACCAAGACCAAGACCAAGACCAAGACCAAGACCAAGACCAAGACCAAGACCAAGACCAAGACCAAGACCAAGACCAAGACCAAGACCAAGACCAAGACCAAGACCAAGACCAAGACCAAGACCAAGACCAAGACCAAGACCAAGACCAAGACCAAGACCAAGACCAAGACCAAGACCAAGACCAAGACCAAGACCAAGACCAAGACCAAAACCAAGACCAAGACCAAGACCAAGACCAAGACCAAGACCAAGACCAAGACCAAGUCAUAUUUCAGUGAAAGCAUUAUUAUUCUGAUGGAAAAUGGUAGGUCACUCGACGGCGCGAUGACAUCCAUCGUCAACAGCAGAACGUUGAUCAACGAGGGUAGGCCGACGGUAACCAGCAUGAGCAAGAACUGGGAGCAGGGAAGCAAGCGCAUUUUGGUUGACACGAUCGUACUUCGUGGCAUCGUUGGAUUGACUUGCGGUGGAGGAACGGACCAAACAUUUAUCGAGCAAGCGGAACGGAAUCGCAGUGAGGGAGUCUGCUUGUCCGAUACUUUCACCGAGUCGCAAGCUGAAGAGAGUUGA